AUGCCAGCACCCAACUUCUACAAUAACAAAACCAGCCGCAGCUGGCGUGGCGAGACCGUCACGGCCAGCGGGGAGGUCUACGUGGAGUGCUGCUUCUGGGGCGACUGGGAAGGGCACGCCAAGAAGCUGGCCUGCCCUACCCCAGACCAAUGCGCGGCGACUGCGGACUUUGCCGGCCCCGCUUGGGGCCACGUGUACGUGCGAACCUCCACCAUCAAUUGGUUCCUGAACACGAGUGGGAAGUACGUGGGCCUGGUCACGGUGCACUGGUAUAAGGCCACCAAGGAGACGGCCAACACCGCGGCGACGCUGCUGGAUGAUGCGCCCAUCAAGAAGGAGAUGGCGAACCUCAGGGCCCUCGUGGGGGUGGCUGCCAAGUACGGCAAGCCGCUGCGCGUGGCGGAGAUGAACUCGAUCAGCAACAGCGGCCGCGACGGCGUCAGCAACGUCUUCGCAUCCGCGCUGUGGACGCUCGACGCGGCGUUCGAGGUAGCGGCCACGGGGGCCGUCGGCAUCAACCUGCACCAGGGCGCGGGCCAGAACCUGUACUCCGCCCUGAUCCGUUGGUACGACAAGGCCAACAACGUGCGCCCCGUGGGCAUCCGCCCCGUGUUCUACGGCAUGGCGAUGUUCCAGCGCGCGGUUGGCAGCCAGGCGCAGAUGCUGCCGGCGGCGCUGACCGGGCAGACAGACGGCCUGAAGGUCUGGCCGCUCUGGUCUGCCAAGGACAAGCUGCUGCGCGUCGUCGUCAUCAACAAGCGGCCCUCGGACGCCCUCAACGUAACCUUGGAGGUCGACAAGGCGGGCGGCUUCGGGCCGGCGACGGUCACGCGGCUGCUGGCGCCGGGGCCCAACCCUCUUGAGGCCAAGACGGGCAUCACCCUGGGGGGCGUCUACUUUGACGACAACGCAGUGAAGGCGGGCAAGCCGUCGUCGGAGCACGCGCUGAGGGUGCGGGCGGCGGACGGGAACCUCUCGUGGAACAUCUACAUGCCACCGGCGAGCGCCGCGCUGGUGGAGAUGCUGCGGCUGUUCUGA